CCAGGAAGUCUCGCGAGAGUCAGCGGCGUCCGUCCUUGGCCGCAGGAGCCGCCGGGUGGUAAAGUGCAGGACUAGGGCUGUGCUGUCAUGGCUAAGACGCUUCUUCACCAGUACUGGGACAUCCCCGAAGGCACCGAGUGCCACCGCAAGACCUACGCCGCCACCAGUAUCGGUGGUGCCGCUGGCCUCGUUGUCUCUGCCUACAGCGUUGCUCUCAAAACCCCGACCUCCUUCUUGGAGGGAGUGGCGAGGACGGGACGGUACACAUUCACCGCAGCCGCCAUCGGAGCCAUAUUUGGCCUCACCUCCUGCAUUAGCGCCCAGGUCCGCGAGAAGCCCGAUGACCCUCUCAACUACCUCAUCGGAGGCUGUGCCGGAGGCUUGACCCUGGGAGCGCGCACCCGCAGCUAUGGGAUCGGAGCCGCUGCCUGUGCAUACAUGGGCUUGACGGCUGCACUGGUCAAGAUGGGCCAGCUGGAGGGCUGGAAGGUGUUUGCAGAACCCAAGGUGUGAGCCCUGUUGCCGCCUCCCAGGACCUGGGGCAGUUUGAAACUCGUGUAAAAUAAUAAAUCCUGUGUAUAUUUG